GGUCAGUAGUGACCGUUUGUUUGUGAGCGAAAAGUGUCAUCAUGAGCAAUCGGAACCGCACGGGAACGUUAAUCACCAUCGGCGUGCUGCUUACUAUUGUGAGCGGCCCGGCAUUCUGUGAGACGUUUCAGUUUCCCGAAUUUGUUGCGGUCGAAGGUGACGCUGGAGCAGCAUGCGGUGGUUGGAUUAUUGAUAAGGUGCUUAGACCACAUGUUUUAACGACCGCAGCCUGCGUGAAGCGAGGCAGUCGAAGUGUGCGACAACUGCUGGUGCGAUAUGGCAGUGCGGAAGUAACAAGCCGUACCUCGAGUUUGGCCAUCGACAGGAUGCUGACCUUUGGGGAAGAUGAACGGCUUGUUGUGCUCAGUACGUUCGGUCGGUUGCGAAGAAAUCCUCCAGUGUCCGCACCAACCGACCAGCGACUCAAUGGUACCUCGCUGCUUUGCUGGCAGCGAACGACAGAUGGUGCGUUGCAGAAAACCUUACUCAAGGUUGCACCGGAUCAGAGGCACACAUUAAAACAUCUUAUCGAUACCCUGCACUGUCGAGAUUCGGAGACAGGAGAGUAUCACCUGGAAGGUGCUCUUAUCAUGGAAAAUCUCAUACCAGCCGCUAUGUUAACAGUGCGAACGCGCGAUGAAUCUUCCAUCUGUGGCACUUCGGUGGACAUAUUAGAGCUGUCCGAUCUAAGCUCGGCAAGCGGUGACGCACGUUCGAUGAUUGAUACACCGCUGGUGGAGCCCGUUCCCGAUAAUGGUUUCCCGCUGGACCAACCGAACUCACCGUUCGGAUACAUCGUGUACGUUAUCUUCAUGGGCUACUGCAUACUCUACACACUGAUGUUCUUUAUCUACGGUUUAAUGCGCACGAACCCGAGUACGGAUUUGUAGAAAAGGCGGCAGAAUAAAAGCGACCGUGGGGUCUUCACACUUGUAAGCCUUUUUUUUUCGUAUGAUUGAUUUAUUUAACUUCUUCGUUCGGG